CACAGCUUGGCGCGGGCGGUGGCGCGGGCGGUUAAGCGGAGGGCUGCAGCAGCGCAAAAAGCUAGUGUAUAUGAAGAUGAAGAAAUUCUUUUUGCUUUAAUUGCAGGAAAAGAUUAUAAUGAUGACAGUAAAUGCAAAAAAAAAUUAGAAGAAUAUUGUCAAGGGCUGGAAAAUGCUUCAUUAAAAAAAAAAGAAAUACAUGGGAAACUUGAAAGCUUUUGUAAAAAUGGUGAAGCAGCAAAAAAAUGCACAGAAUUAAAGGACAAAGUUCAGGAAAAAUGCACUAUAUUUAAAACAAAACUUCAAGCAGCAGCUGUAAAAGAAACUUCAGCUUUGAGAGAUGAGGAUUGCAAAGAGAAUGAACAACAAUGCCUAUUUUUGGAGGGAGCGUGUCCAAUAGAUCUUAAAGAAAACUGUAACACAUUGAGAAGUAAAUGUUAUCAAAAAAAACGCGAAGAAGUGGCAGAAAAAGCUCUUUUAAGAGCGCUUAAUGGUGAUCUUAAAGAUAAAAAUACAUGUGAAAAAAAGCUCAAGGAACUUUGUCCAAAAUUGGGUCAAGAAAGUGAUGAAUUAGCGCAAAAGUGUUUUGAUACGGACUCUGCAUGUAAAUCUUUAGUAAAAGAAGCAGAAGAAAAGUGUAAAUCUUUAAAGAAAAAAAUAGAGGACGUAUUAAAACUUAAUGAACAGUUGCAAAAAAAAGGGCAUUCUUUACUUGAAGAAUGCCAUUUUCACAAUAAGAAUUGCGAAACAGAAAAACCAAAUUGUAGUGGCUUAAAGAAAAAAUGUAAAAAUCUAGGGAUAAUUUAUAUACCGCCAGGUUCAAAAUUUGAUCCCACAAGACCAGAGGCUACUCUAGCAGAAAAAAUAGGUUUGGAAGAACUUUAUAAGGAAACAACAGCACAUGGAGUUGUAAUUCGAAGAGCACUGGAAAGAGAUAUUGUUGAUCUAUUAGUAUUUCUGUCAGGAAGUGAUCCUUUUAAUGAAGCUCAAUGCGAGAAUGUACUCAAUAACAAAUGUAAAUUUUUUGGGUAUUUAACAGAUGAUUUAAAAGAAUUAUGUGAAAAUAAAACCAUUUAUAAAGAUAAAUGUAAAGAAUUUAAAGAGGAAUUUGAAGAAAAGAAGACUGUUUUAACUGCAGAGCUUGAAAACAAACGAUUUGAAGAUAAAAUUACAUUAUGGAGCGAAUUACCAAGGUUCCUUACUGAAAAUGACUGCACGAGAUUACAAUCAGACUGUUUUUAUUUUAAAAGUCAAACAUCUUUUGAUAAACAGUGUAAGAAUGUUAAGGCUGCAUGUUAUAAAAAAGGCCUUGAUGCACUAGCAAAUCAAAUAUUACAAGACAAAAUGAGAGGAAAAUUUCAUAAUAGAGAUGGGGAAUGGCUUAAAAUACUUCAAAAAGAACUAGUAAAGGCAUGCGUGGCUCUAAAAGAAAAAAGUGACCACUUAUUUGUAUUGUGCGUACAACCAACAGAAGGUGCCCUUAUAGUAUUAACAGAUUUACAUAUGAGGACAAACUUGUUGCAGAGAGAUUUAAAUGAGAAACGGGAUUUUCCUACAAAGCAGGAUUGCAGGGAAUUAUUGAAGAAAUGUCAAGAUUUAGAACAAGAUUCAGAAGAAAUCAAAUGGCCCUGCCGUACGUUGAGACACCAUUGCAAUAGGCUAGAUAUUGCUGAACAAUUGGAAGAGAGAUUGUUGGAAGGAAAAGUGAAGGAUUUGGACAAGUUGGAUUCAUGUUUAAAAAAUUUGGGAGAACAAUGUCAUAAAUGGAGUAGAAGGGGAAGAACGCAGUUUGCAUUCGCAUGUGUAGCACUGAAUACUACUUGCAAGAUUCUUACAGAAAGUGUGGACUCUAAAUGUACUACAUUAGGAGCACGCAUGAAAAUAAGUAGUGUUCUGGAUAAAGCGAAAGAAAAAAAUACAAUGGAAGAAACAUGCGAUUCUUGGGAACCCUAUUGCAAAAAAUUCAUGUCAAGUUGCCAGAAUCUAACUGCUAGUGGUGGAAAGUGUAAGGAACUUAAUGAAGUGUGUAAAUCAUUCAUCGAAAGGAGGGAAUUGGAACUGAAAGUAGUUGACCAAUUGAAGGGUCAUUUGGACACAAAAGAAAAAUGUAAGGGGGAGCUUGACAAAUACUGCACACAAUGGGCGAAUGCAAGCAAUGGGCUUGAAACUUUGUGCAAAGAAAAUGGUAAGAAGGAUAAUCAAGUUAGGGAAGAGCUUUGCAAGAAAUUAGUAGAACAAGUAAAAAAGCAAUGUUCUGGAUUACAGAAAAAACUUACAGAAGCCAGUAAAGAGCUGGAAAAGAAAGCUAGUGAAUAUGAGGAUAUCAAAAAAAAAGCAGAAGAUGCAAUGAAAAAAGCAAGUCUUGUUUUAUCAAAAGCAAAAGUAGAAAACAAUAAAUCGGAAAACGAAGUUGUGCCUAGUGCACCAGCUGUACCUAGUGGAAAAGACACGAAGCCGUUUAGACUUAUAAGAAGAGAUGCAACAGCGAAGGUAACAGAAGACGAAGCGAAAGCAUUUGAUUUGGUUGCACAAGCAUUUGGACUCUAUGUAGAAUUAAGGGAGAUAUGCCAUGAUUUACUAAAAAGAUGCGGAUUUAAAAAGGAAUGUGAUUGUGAAGAUUCAUGCAAAACGAUAGAAAAUAAAUGCCAUGGAUUGAAACCACUGGAAGUAAAACCAUACGAAAUAGCAACUAAAAACAUAACAACCACAACUACAACCACAACGACAACAACAACAACCGUUAAAGACGCAAAGGUAACAGACUGCCAGUCUCUGCAAACGACAGACACGUGGGUCACAAAGACGUCGACCCAUACUAGCACAUCCACAACUACAUCUACGGUCACAUCGAGAAUAACGUUGACCUCAACGAGGCGGUGUAAGCCUACGAAGUGCACGACAGGAGAGGAGGAUGAAGCAGGGGAAGUGAAGCCGAGUGAGGGAUUAAGGGUGAGCGGGUGGAAUGUGAUGAGGGGGGUGCUAGUGGUAAUGAUGAUUUCAUUCAUGAUUUAA